UUUGUGCAAUGUUAUAAAAGCCGCCAGUAGGUAAUAAUUCAUAUCAGUUCGUUAUCACUUGCGGUAAAGGUUGUGGAUGCGUAUUACAUUGAUUUGUUAGAAUGCAAGUUCUUGCGUGGUUUAGUUGGAUAUUAAUAUUCGAGUAUUUUGGAGCUCUCAAGACGGAAGAAAGUUAUGAAGCCAGUGACGAAUUUGAAGAGCAGUUAAACUACUUUGGAAAUGUGGAAAUUCUACACAGCCUUUUGCAGGACUACGCAUCCACCGAAAAGCAUUGGAGUAGUGCGGAGUAUGAAACAUUCGACCGAGAAGUGGUGAACUCGCUAAAUAACGUUGUUGCUGAAGCAUAUGAGACUGAAUCACAGAACGAUCCAGUGAAGGGUUCAAGUUAUACGAAAGUGUUGACGAAUUUCUGUGGACCGGGGAAUUGGUCCAUUAAUGGCGAAGUAACUCAAAAUCCAUAUUUUCACAAGAUUGAUUUAUGCUGCAAGGAACACGAUGAAUGCCCUGAUUACAUUGUUAAUAGAGGUGAUUACGAGAGAUAUCCAGGGCUACCUUAUAAAGCGCAAAUAUUCACAAGGGAACGAUGCAGUUGCGAUGCUCAAUUUUUCGCCUGCCUGCGCGAUGUGGCGACGUUUUUCUCCUAUGCGGUGGCGUGGAUCUACAGCAAAGCACAAACAUACUGCUUCGAACAUGAGUAUCCUGUGCUGGAAUGCAGACAGUUUAUGAACGAUGGAUUCCUCUCUGCACCCCGAUGUGUUGAAUAUUUAGUCGAUAACUCAAACACCCAAGGCUGGCAAUGGUUCAAUAUACCAUAUUUAAGUGCAAAUCUGACGUGUUUUCCUAAAGUUAUCUACACUGCAAAAAAUCCACAUAUUUUUAUUGGCAAAAAUCCAUUAACUUAACUUAUGAUGUUUAUUAGUGCACACAUAACCACUCUUCACGUGAGGUACAAAUAGAAU